AUGGAUUUGCUACUAAUGCAGGAACGAGCACUGCUAAUCCAAAAGUCGACUAGGGAUUGGACACUUGAUGGGGACAAGAACACACGGUUCUACCACAGCUUUGUUAAGGGUAGACAGAGAAGGAACAAGAUUGGGAUUCUGAUCAACGAUGAUGGGGUUUUGAUUGAUGAUCAGUUGGAAUUGGGGAGGAUGGCCACACGUUUCUUCAAAGAGGCUUGA